AAGGAAAAAAAAACCCCAAACCGAAGCAGCGAGGCGACCGUGAUUUAUGAUCGGGACUCCACCGCUGAAUCUCACGACGGAGUCCAUUUCAUCUUCUCCGCUGAGUUUUCCAAUGGACGGCUAGGGUUUCGGUUUCGUAUUUCUCCCACCUACAUUGUAAAUAUUGUAUUGUUAUACCUGUCGAUAAAUUGGAUAUGUCGUUUGCCAUUUCAAAUUUCAUCGGUUUCUUCCAAAUUUGUGGACGUAGGUUUGCUCUUCUGGAAGUUCUUUCGACAAUGUAGUUGAUUACUGGACAAUUUUUCAUCAGGCAUCUACCGAAAUCUUUUUUGUUCUUUUGCGUUAAAUUUGGUCUCCUCGACUACUUAACUGCAUGUGACAAUUCUCGAUUCUCUUGCGUUGAAGAUUUUGACGAUGCACAGAGAUUUCAGCGAAUCUUGCAAUUGUAACUUUUCGGAAAAGAAAUAUUGCUUGGAAUCCUACUGAUUUUCCGUUCGAAGAACUUGAAACUUGAAAUUGGACGAUUUGGCCCUUGAGAUGAGUGCUACUUAUCGUUUUAACUAAAUUACUCCUCCGGUCCCAGAGGCUCGUGGCGAUUCGUCGGCAUUGCCUCCUUCACAUUCGGAUAGUGGACUCCAACAGCGUACGAUGCCUUCAAAAUCUCGGAUUCCACCAUCGAACAAUCGGAACAUUGGGUAUGACCAUGAGUUGGGGUGUAUGUCUACACCUGCUUUGAAUGAUACUCAUAGAAGGUUACCUUCCUUGCGAGGAAUUGGAUUUCAUGAAGGUCAAUUGUCAGGGCGUUCGAAUGAAAUGAAAGUAUGCAGACAGUUCCAACGCCGGAGGAAAUGUGCAUAUGGGGAUCAGUGUCGUUACCUUCAUGAAAAUCCUGAGAAAACUAGAGCUUUUGGCUCCUCCACCCAGAAUUAUGAGGUUAGAAUAGUAGAUUCUGGUCAUGUUAUGGAUCGAAGACGUGGGUUGGAUCAAUUGGAAGAAGUCAGAUCAAAAGUACAGACAGAGAUUGUUGUCCGCGGUGAGAUUCCAAAGCCUGUAAGAUGCAAAACAAGGCUCUGUUACCCCUUGCAGACGACUGGUAGCUGCUCAUAUGGGGCGGUUUGUCGCUUUGCCCAUGAAGAAGCAGGCAUUGAUGUUGUCCUUGUGUUCUUUGUUUUUGGAGAAAAUAGAACUACAAAAGCUCGAGCCCUUCAUUGCAUCACAACGUGGGAGCGUAUCUGAUGCCUCUGCAACAACUUCUGCCGCUACCCAAGCUGAAAUUGGAACCGUCUGUAAGAACGAAGAGCCAAGAAUGAAGCAAUUCUUUAAAUCAAAGAAGUCUAAGAGGUUGAUUGCCAUUUACGCGGACUGGCUCGAAGAUUGAGUUACCCACAACAAAGAUUUCACCAAAUACCGAGGCUUUUAAAUGAAGG